UUGGGGUAUAGUAAGUUCAGUGGUGUGUACUACUAGGCCCUGGGUUCAAUCCCUAGCAUAAGACACACCUGCAGAAAGCAUUUUAAAUUAUAAUACAGUAUUGAUGGUUUUCUUAGGGGUUCAGAGCUGAAUAAUAAUGGACCUAAAAUUAAAGUUGAAUAAUCAGUCUUUUGACACAAACACUUGCUGGGAGUUGCCGAUCAUCUUCGUGGGAGAAUCAUGAAGUCACACUGUGUCGCUGCACUGACGCUGGCCGGGCUGAUGUUCCUGAUGUGGCUCCCCGGGUCUCUGAGCUGCAACAAAGCACUCUGCGCCAGCGAUGUGAGCAAAUGCCUCAUCCAGGAGCUGUGCCAGUGCCGGCCCGGCGAGGGGAACUGCUCGUGCUGCAAGGAGUGCAUGCUGUGCCUGGGCGCCCUGUGGGACGAGUGCUGCGACUGCGUGGGGAUGUGCAACCCGAGGAACUACAGCGACACCCCGCCCACCUCCAAGAGCACGGUGGAGGAGCUGCACGAGCCCAUCCCCUCCCUCUUCCGGGCGCUCACCGAAGGGGACACCCAGCUCAACUGGAACAUCGUGUCCUUCCCUGUCGCAGAGGAGCUUUCGCAUCAUGAAAAUCUGGUUUCUUUCCUGGAAACUGUGAAUCAGCCCCACCACCAGAACGUGUCUGUCCCCAGCAACAAUGUUCACGCGCCUUACUCCAGCGACAAAGAGCACAUGUGCACAGUGGUUUACUUCGACGACUGCAUGUCCAUCCACCAGUGCAAGAUCUCCUGCGAGUCCAUGGGCGCCUCCAAGUACCGCUGGUUCCACAAUGCCUGCUGCGAGUGCAUCGGACCCGAGUGCAUCGACUACGGCAGCAAGACCGUCAAGUGCAUGAACUGCAUGUUCUAGAGGAGGGAAAGAAAUUCAGCCAAAGCGAUUUCGUCACAAAGAAAAGUAAGAAGAGUUACUCAGUCUGCUGGUGGCGUUAGGGUGCCUGAGAGUUACAGAGAGGUAGAGAAUUUGGAAUGAGUUACUUCUAAAGUACGACAUGCCCAGGAGGGUGCUAAAUUACGUGACUGUACAGCACUUCCUGGCUUUCCUACCUGCUAGCAAUGCUCCCCUUCCCUGGAAUACAUGCAGCUUGGCCAAGCGGGAAGCAGGUGUGCAGAGAAUCCCUUGAAGGCUUUAGCAGAAAGUCUGAUGCCAUUUUCCUCCCAUCCAAACACUUUUUGCUGCCAGAGAGUGAGCAGGAGCUUGGGACGGAAGUCGGGAGCUGUCCACACGCAGCUCCGGGCCUUGGAGUGCUCUGGCUGUGCUGAGAGUGCAUGCUGUGUUACAGCAGAGUGGACUCAGACCCACCUCUCGCAGAGCCCACGCGGAAACACCAUGUCUCAAGCCCUUGCAGUUGGUUGUAGAAGGCAGGUGCUUGCUGUAUUUCACAAUUGAGAACUCCUGCGUAGCAGAGCCCUUCCUGUAGGAUGUGGGCUGUCACCACUGUGGGGAACCUGUCCUUUCCUCUCCCACCCCACCCACAGUGCUGGUGUCACCUGAAGGAAGAGUCCUCUUUGCCAGGGCCUUCGGGUGUGCCACUGGGGACUCGCUAGCGGCUGCGGGCCCUGAGCUGGGGGUGCCUGCCACAUCUGAGCACCAUGUGGUGUGAGUGACCGCUCAGCCUAGCUGUGCAGCUCGGGUCUCAGCAGAUGUGUGACAGGAGGGGAAGGAAAGAGAUUCAGGGAGAGGAACAGGGCAAUGUGAAUGCUGGGAGCUAAAAUGGAAAACUUAAGUGUUUAUGCUUGCUGUUUUUGUUAUUUUUAUCUUACGUUUGUUAAGUUUAUAUCUGGAUCUAAUGUUCUGAUUCAGCAAGUAUCAUCAUGUUGUGGGAAGUUAAGAUUAUGCAACUUUAAGGAGAUCUCUGCUGAGGAUGAUGUCCACUCCAGGUACCUCCAGCACUUCUGGUCGGCUCCCCAGUGACACGGCAGCACAGGAGGCUCAUGCACCCGGGUCCUGCACAGCGCACAGUCCCCGUCUCCAGCACCUCCCAGAAGCGUAUUUAUACUGCAGUAGGGUCAGGGUUCCAGUUGCUGAUUUCUCUAGUGCAUUUUGGUCCACAAGUAACUUUUUAGGAACACUUCUUUAUAUGUCUGCAUAUUUUAGUAUAUAAAAUAGAUAAUGCUCUGAGAUAUGUUGUGUAUUAUUUGAACACUAGUUAGGUCAUUUGAGAUAGUAUGAUUAAUUAUUAUGCCUGAUACCUUUUCUUCUCUUCCAGAUAACUCUAAUGAGUAUUCAAGGUACAUUCGCCUUUUAAGUAUAUUUUAGUAGGAAAAUAUUGAAGUGUCCUUUCCUACUUUACCUAGAGUGCCUCUGUUUAAAGCGUCUUCAAAACGCAUCAGCUCUUUUCUUCAUCGACACCUAGAAAGCUGAGGUUUUCUUGAACUCAUGGAGAGGAAAUGUUAAAGGAAUCUGCAUCAUCUCAACCUGCUAGUUCUCCAGUUAAUGUGACACCUAUGAGCAGAGGAAUGCUUUUUCGUGUUUAUUGGCAACAUUUGUAAUAUUUUCUUCAUAAUGACAGCAAACAUUUUAACUGCAUUUAUCAUUUUUUAAGAUCUUAAUUAUUAAAGUAGUUCCUUUCCACUCCUUAAAUUUCACAGUGGAUAAUUUUUUAAACCACAUUACUUCAACUGAGUUUUUUUUUUUUUGGUACCAGGGAUUGAACUUGGCACCUUGCGCUUGCGAGGCAGGUGGUGGAACCACUGAGCUAAAUCCCCGGCCCCUUCAACUGAUUUUUCUUUACCCUCUUUAUCCUGCUAGAAAUUAUCACCAGCAGGGUGAUCUUUCAUAUUUAAACUUAUUUCUUCUGGUUUGCCAGGAGAUCGAGAAAAAGAGAGAAUUCACCUGAAAGCUUCCAUUUCCAGUUCUGAAAUGCAUUCAAGGUUCUGAAUAAUGCUGGGUUUUUUUCAAACUGAAAAUAACACAUUUGAGAAGCUAGUCGCCUCGCUGAGACUUGGAUCCCUCCCAUUCCAGCAUAUUCAUUCCUAUAUUGAAGCUUUGGUCAAAACUCCUUUUUGUUUUAAUAAAAAAUUAGGUUGUUGCCUUUAUUGUAAUCAGAUCCCAAAACACUAGAUUUUAAAUCAGCAGGUGCUGUAGAAGCCAUAUAUAAAAAGCCUUUCCUGUGUUAUGUGCUUGCCUACAGAUGGCUGUUUUUCAUUGUCACUGCAGCUAUACUCAUAAUUGUCACACCAAGUCACACGAUCAUUCAGAUAGAAGCUAAAGUCUUUCCCUGAGAAAGAGGUCUUUGUGUGGAAAUAUGAUUCUAAGGUUUUGGAAAGCAAAAAUGUUUUGUUAGACUGUUUGAACAAAUAUGUAUAAAUCAAAGUGACAUCAGAAUGGAAAAAAGAAGCUAAAACUUUUCUGGAAAAUUAGGUAACCAUCACAAGGCACAUUUUGAAAGUUUCUGUUUAUGAAAGCUUUUUGAAGGGCUUUGAAAUCGUCUGCACUGCAGUGUCUGUGUUCGCUGUAUUUUUCGAGACCGACACCGUAGAAAAGUGUGUUUUCUGUGGUUGUCUUUAGAAACCAAAAACUGUUUUAAUAAAAAAGUGAGAUGAGG